GAGAGUUCUGUUCUUUCACUGCUCCAUCCGGGAACUCUCCGAAUUAACGCUGACAACCGCAGCGCAACUUUCCCCCAAGCAAAGUGAAAUCAGGCCGCGCACUCGGACAAAAUAUAGUCCCGCAUUUUUCAACUCAAAGUCGCACAAAUAAACCUGUUUGUUCCGACCAGCUCGGAUACGCCUUCGCGGGAUCGUUUUUGGAGCGGAUCUAUCCGAGUGCUGAAUCUUUCGCUCGUCUUUGGAGCACUUUUGUUUACACUGGCGGGUGACGAGUCUCACGGCCGGUGAAGAAGCGACAACUUGCUUGCAGCCUGAGUAGUUCUUGAGACUGUUAUUGUUGCUUUUCAAAAUAUUUGAAUCACGCCGCAAAUAACGCGGAUCGAGUCGAAAGUGGAGGAAAAGUGCUUCUGAAGUGGGAACAUGGAGCUGCAAGGCCUUCAAGAGUCACUGAAAGUAGAAGUCCAUUGUCAUCAGAAGCUCACCGUUAGAAGUUGUCCUGUGGGGACGGCCGCCAAACCCCUCGCCCUCAUCAAGCAGCCCAGCCAGAGCAUCGCCAUCUCUGUGGUGCCGGCAAAGACUCCUGUUUCCAUGGUGACGGCACACAUUAACGGACAAAAGGCGUUGAGUUCUGAGACGCUUCAGAUGUCCCCGAUCAACCUCCAAACACCCGCCGGACAGAGCAUCAGCCGCUCACAGAUGUUGGGAGCACUCACAGCAAUUCCUAUCAAGGUGCCUCACGUCAGCUCACUACAGCGGCUCGCCGGACACUCACCCAGUGUGCUACCUCAGGUCAGGCCAAAGACCCUCAUUCCAGACAGCCUUCCUCUCAGCCCAUGCAGCGAGUUGCAGCAGUCGGGUCAGACACGGAGUAUGUCGCAGGGCAGAGCUGUGGUCAGUCCCAAGAGCCAGGGUGCAUCUCUGCCCACUGCCAACAGCACCGUCAGCCACAACAGACUGUCCAACGGGCAGGAGGACAGUUCCUCAAUGCCCCUGCCCAUGCCAGGUGCUUCCAGCACCUCCGCCAGUGCUGGUGUGACGUUCGCCAUCAUCUCAGCGGCCUCACCUGUUGCUCACGGGGUGUCAGGAGCAAUUAAAGUUAAACCGCUGAUCUUCAGUCCAGACAGCAAGGUCAUUAUCAUUCAGCCACAGAUUCCCAGUAACUCCAAAAGUUCACCAGCCUCACAGACUGACAGUCCUGUAAAGGAGCCAAGACCUGAUCCCUCGACUCUAGCCAAAAAGGAGGAGGAUCCAGAGAAAAUUGACUUCAUGGUUGCUCUUGGUCUGGUAACUACAGAACAUCUGGAGGAGAUCCAGAGUAAAAGACAUGAGAGGAAAAGACGCAGUACAGCAAAUCCAGCAUACAGCGGACUGUUUGAACCAGAGCGUAAACGACUUGCAGCAAAUUACCUAAAUGGUGCUAUUUUUCUGUCAGCAAGAGACUCUGACGAGCUGUGCUGGAAGGAGGAGUUGCAACAUGAUGAUCACUGUGCAGUGUGUAAGCAGGAAGGUGAUCUUCAGCCCUGUCACACCUGCACUCGUGCAUACCACCCCGACUGCCUGAACUCACCUCUCAAAACUGCCACCAGGGGCAUGUGGAUGUGCCCCAAGUGCCACAAGAAAAUUUUGAACAAAGAGAACUUGUCUUGGCCACAGAAUUUCAUCCAGUCGUACGUCACACAUAAAACAGUGCGAGAGGAAGAACGCCGGAAGCUCAUGAGGAGGAACACUGAACUGAAGAAAGAGUGUGAACAUCUGAGUGAACAGGACCAGAAACUCUGCAAAUUUCUCUCUAAGUGUAUGGAGCAUAAGGAGCAUCUGUUGGGUCAACAGCGAAACACUCAAGCAUCUCUGGAGCGUCUCAAGACUCUGAUCCGACUCAUCCAGCGAGAUCACAUGAUCCAAGUGACCAUGACGGCUACCACCACCAGAGCAUCACUGCUUUCACUGCCCUGGAUCAAAGCCACUGGCAGCAGCACCAGCACCACAGCGUCUCCCGCAGGACCUUCCGCAGUACUGCAUAAAAACAUACUGCAGCCACACGACAACAACUGACGACUGUCCCGACAGCUCGCUAACAGCUCGCUGAACACAUUCAUACAGAGACACAGAUGGUGAUAUCGAACCAACGUUGGGUUUUUUGCUUACUGUAAUGUCUUACAGAUAAAAAAAGGGAAAAAAAUGAAAUUACAAGCAUCACUUGAUUCAUAAGUAUUUUUUAAAGGCAACACACACACAGUGCUCACAAGAUUUUUUUUACUUACUGAUUUUUUUUAUUUAUUAUUUUUCUUGGCCUUAAUGUAUUUACGAUUAGGUUACGAUGCCGUUGCAAAUAUAUGAAAUAAGCAUUCUAUAUAGCUAGAGACAUUUGGUUUUACGCUUUGCAUUUUUUACUGGGGUUUUGAUGUCUGUGGGGAUGGGAUAAUCGUUCGCAAAUAGUGAUUGAGAAUUUUAGUGUAGUUGUAGUUGAAGUGACUUAUGAAACGGAGACCACUGUACAUUGAUAUAUCCAAAUAGAUUGUUUCAAUUUUUGCCAUAUUAAUUCAGGUGAAAGUGAAACAAGGAAUUGUUUUUAUUGUGUGUGUAUUAAUGAGCAUACAAACAACAACAACAACAACAUUCUCAGUAUUAAUAGAGAGGAAAGAACUAAUUAUUUAAGAUAACGACAGAAUUUAGCCUUUGUAGUGAAGAAUUUAGUAUUUUCAUGCCGAAGCCUGUUAAUAAGUUCAAACAAGUAUUGGACAGAGGGAUCACUGUAUUCAUAUUAUCUUUUUAAAAUUUAAUCUGGGUUGUCCCAACAACAAAAAAGAAAAUACCAGUUAAGUUUGAGUGCCUGAUCCCAUCAUUCAUAAAUAUGCCAAAAACCCUAAACAUUUUUGUACCGUUAAUGUUAUAAUCUUUUAAUCUCAUAUUGCUCUAAUGUUUGUGCUUUAACUUUUCACUAAAGUGUUAUACGUUU